AUGAAGAUUAUAAGCCAUGCUGGCAUCACGAAGCCCAGUUUCUUGCUUGUACAUUAUGAGUUGUCUGCUCUUACAUUCCGCAAACCGCAACUGAUUUCGACUACGUCACUGUGCAUUUCAAGUUAUAAUGAGAAGAGCCACGGAUUGAAGCUUAGGCUGCACUGCUCUGCUUCUGGCAGAACUCUUUCAUCUAGGUCGACAAACUUACGCUUGUCCAAGGAGGAUAAAUUAAAUAGGAAGCAGGAACAAGUUUCUUCUGCUUCGUUGUAUACUCAUCCUAGUUUAUUACAGAUGAAGAAUGAGAGGAUAGCCAACCGUACCCGUGUUUAUGAAUUCUUGAGGAGUAUUGGUGUUGUACCAGAUGNUGAAUUCUUGAGGAGUAUUGGUGUUGUACCAGAUGAGCUUGAUGGCUUGGAGCUUCCUGUUACUGUUGAGGUUAUGCAAGAGCGAGUGGACUUCCUUCACAAAUUGGGGCUUACAAUUGAAGAUAUAAACAAUUACCCUCUUGUCCUUGGCUGCAGUGUGAAGAAAAACAUGAUUCCGGUGCUCGAUUAUCUAGGCAACCUGGGGGUGAGAAAAUCCACUUUUACAGAUUUUUUGCGCCGGUACCCACAAGUCCUCCACGCCAGUGUUGUUGUAGACCUUGCUCCAGUUGUAAAGUAUCUUCAAGGCAUGGACAUUAAGCCUAAUGAUGUUCCUCGAGUUUUGGAGAAGUACCCAGAAGUUUUGGGAUUUAAGCUUGAGGGAACCAUGAGUACUUCAGUGGCUUAUUUGAUUGGAAUUGGGGUAGCAAGACGAGAGAUUGGUGGGCUAUUAACUAAAUACCCAGAGAUAUUGGGAAUGCGAGUAGGUCGGGUGAUCAAACCUUUUGUGGAAUAUCUGGAAAGCUUGGGGAUACCAAGAUUAGCUGUUGCUAGAUUGAUUGAGAAGCGACCUCACAUUCUUGGAUUUGGACUUGAAGAGAAGGUGAAACCUAAUCUCAAAUCCCUUUUAGAGUAUCAUGUUAGGCAAACAUCACUUGCUGCUGUUGUCGUUCAGUAUCCUGAAAUCAUAGGAAUUGAUCUGGAGACAAAGCUUCUCAACCAACAGGGGUUCCUCAAUUCCAUUAUUGGAUUGGCUCCAGAUGAAUUUGGGAGAGUCGUAGAGAAAAUGCCACAGAUCGUUUGCCUCAGUGACAGGGCAAUAGUGAAUCACGUGGAUUUCCUCAAGGAAUGCGGAUUCUCCUCAGAACAAGUGAAGAAAAUGGUUGUGGGGUGUCCCCAGUUGCUGGCUUUAAAUACUGACAUCAUGAAACGCAGUUAUGAUUACUUCAAAACCACAAUGGAUAGGCCAUUGGAUGAUUUGAUUAUGUUCCCUGCUUUCUUCACUUAUGGUCUGGAAUCAACCAUUAAACCAAGACAUAAGAUGGUUGCUAAGAAGGGAGUGAAAUGUUCGCUUGCAUGGCUACUUAAUUGUUCGGAUGAGAAAUUUGAAGAGCGGAUGAAUUAUGACUCCAUGGACAUUGAAGAGAUGGAAAUGGAAUCAUCAUUUGACUUCAAUACUCUGAUGGAACCAAGAAAUGAUGAGUCCUCUGAUUAUGAGGAUGAUACUGAUGGCGAGUAUUUAUAG